AUGGGUGGCGAUCUCAACCUCAAGAAAUCAUGGCAUCCCGUGCUCAUGAGCAACCAGAAAAAGGUGUGGGAAGAAGAACAGAAAGCCCUAGAAGAACGCAAGAAAAUCGACCAGAUUAUGAAAGAGCGAGCCGAGGAGCGCCAGAUUCAGGAACUCGAGGAGCUGCAGGCCGCUGCGGGCGGUGCAAAACGACAGGCACGUGUGGAUUGGAUGUAUUCUGGCCCUUCUAGCGGAGAGGCCGGGACGACCGAAGAGAUGGAAGGCUAUCUUCUGGGAAAGAGGAGGAUCGAUGGUCUAUUGAAAGGCACCGAGAACCAGAAGUUGGAGAAGUCGGCCAAAGAGGAUUCUUUCAUGGCGAUCCAGAAUGCAAACACCUUAAGGGACACGAUGAUGAAAAUUCGGGAAGAUCCUAUGCUGGCCAUCAAGAAACAGGAGCAGGCUGCCUACGAUGCCAUGAUGAACGACCCUGUCAAGCGGCGUUUACUACUAAAAGCGGCUGGGAAGGAGGAUGAGUCUGAAAGAGAUCGCAAACGGAGAAAGCACCACCAUCGCCACCAUCGCCACCACAGGGAUGAUCCCGAUCGCGAACGUGACCGGGCUCAGGAUCGGGGCCGAGACAGCGCCAGAGAGAGGCAUAGUCACCGGGAUCGGGAUCGAGAGCGAGGGGAGAAGGAGAGGGAUAGGCAGAAAUAUGAUCGGAGCAGUAACAACAGACGAAGCGCAAACACUUCUUCGUCCUCUCGCUCCCGCUCACGCUCCCCACCCCGGCGGGAGGGUCGAUCUCAGAGGUCCCGAUCGCCCUACAGAAGACGGGGAUCGUUCAGGGACGCGAAUUGGAGACCAAGGUCUCGGUCUCGAUCGUAUUCACCACCGCGUCACAACAACCACAGCAACACUCUCCGCAAAACGCAGAGCUGGCAUACCUCGAGACCGCAACGCCGAAAGUCAUCCAGCCCGGAUGGUCAACCGAAGGGCGAUGAUCUAGCUGCUAGGCUUGCAGCUAUGCAACAGGAUGCAUCAGAACUCGAUCAACAGAGAGAGCGGAGACUGGCUGACAUUGCAGAGCGAGACAGGCAACAACAAGAGCGUGACGAUGCUUCGAGGGCGAAGAAUGCCAGGUAUGGUGGAAGAGCAGACUUUGUCAAUAGCUUUCAUAAGAAAGCCGGUGACAUGACUCUCGGUCAGCGGAUGGGAAGAACUGGGGCUUCCAACCGCGAGGAGGAUGACUGA